UUAUGGCGACGAAGGUUCCUCAGAUCGCUAUUCUGGGAGCUGGAAUCUUUGUGAAGGCUCAGUACCUUCCUAGACUCUUCGAGAUCGCUCAUCUCUUCCAACUCAAAGCCAUUUGGAGCCGCACUCAGGAAUCCGCUACGGUGGCCGUAGGCCUAGCCCGUAAGCGUUUUCCCGGAGUAGAGUGUAAGUGGGGAGACAGCGGUCUUGAAGAGAUCAUCCAAGAUGGAUCCAUAGAUGCUGUUGCUGUCGUUUUGGCUGGCCAAAAUCAGGUCGACAUUUCACUGAAGCUGCUAAAGGCUGGUAAACAUGUUCUUCAAGAGAAACCUGCAGCAUCGGGUACAAGUGAAUUGGAAAUUGCGUUGUCUAGCUACAAAUCUAUUUCCGCUGAUGUUCCUGGUCAAUUAAUAUGGUCUGUGGCUGAAAAUUACCGAUUUGAGACUGGCUUAAUAGAGUGCAAGAAACUUAUUGCUGGCAUUGGGAAAAUGAUGAGUGUUCAAGUUAUUAUUGAAGGAUCAAUGAACAGUGCAAACCCCUACUUUUCAAGCAAUUGGAGGCGCAAUUUAACUGGAGGUUUCAUUAUUGAUAUGGGCGUGCAUUACAUUGCAGGGUUAAGAAUGCUUGUUGGGUGUGAGUUGGUUUCCGUUUCAGCAAUGACGUCUCAUGUAGAUAUGACCUUACCUUCCCCAGAUAAUUUAUCAUCUGUCUUUCAUUUGGAGAAUGGAUGUUCAGGAGUUUUUGUAAUGGUUGUCUCCUCCAGAUCACCCAAGACCUUGUGGCGAGUUGUUGGCUUGAAUGGAACCCUGCAAGUUGAGCGUGGUUUCCAAGGAGAACAUGGUUACCUGGUUUCUUUUUAUGGUGCCGAUGGACCAAAGGAGAGCACCUUCUUUCCAUUCAAUGGAGUAACUGAGGAAUUAAAAGCUUUUAUUAAUGAUGUAUCUGAAAACACCCUCAAGAAGGGGAGCCAGUUUGUGGCUGAGCCCCGUCUCUCUUUUGUCGAGGGUGCAAGAGAUGUUGCUGUGUUAGAAGCAAUGCUUGAAUCUGGAGCUAGACAAGGUGAACUUGUUCAGGUGAAAAAGUUUUGAGGUAAUCAUGGAACCAACCCUUUUUCACCGGUGGCUUUGUUCAAUGUUUACCAAUAUUUACUCUGUAAUGUUAUAGAACAAUGAACUGAGAAAGGCAGUUAAGUAUAGAUGAAUAAGCUUGUUUAAAUAAUUACCCUCAUCAAUGUCAUUGGAUGAAGCUUUUUUAUUA